GUGUCAUUAUUAUUCAUUGUCAGUUCAAUAACUUAGUGGCUGUAGGCCAUCCUUGCAAAUCACCCAUGCUGAGGUCCAAAAUAUCUGGACAUAGGAGUGUUUAAGAACUGUGUGGGGUAAAUGUGGAGACUAUAAAUGAAGAUGUUGGAUUCUGUAAUGGCCCAGUAGUAUGCAAAUGAGCAGAUACAGUCAUGGGUGGGGUAUGUAGUGGUUAUUCAGUUCCAAAGAAGGUACUUCUCAUGGGACCGAAAGGAUCAGGCAAGACCACCUUGCUGUAUGGCUGGUGUUUGCCAGGUCAGGAGACUAUGGCGGUGCCCACACAGAGUUUCAAUGUUGAGAUGGUGUACGGGGUGCGCAAUGGGCAGAUGCUUCUCAUGUGGGAUAUCUCCGACAUAUCACGGCGUCGACAGUUCUACCAUGGCACUGAAGCACUGGUUUACCUCCUCGAUGCCAGUGAGCUCAGUAAUCUGCAGGAAGUACAGGCCGACCUCCGAGUCCUGCUAAGGGACCGCGACAUGAAGGGCCUCCCGCUGCUCUUUGUGCUCAGCAAGGCCGACCUUAACAAUAUGUACUCAAUACCAAGCAUCGAGAAGGAGCUAGAUUUGGAAAACAUAGCGGCAGACAGAAAAUACGACUGGGCAACAAUACGACAAGAUGAACCCACAACAUUCCAGGUUGCCUUACAAAAACUAUGCAGUCUUGUUUACUCAAAAUGAGCACAACUUUCUCAAAGAAGAAACUAUGCUCAACUUUUUUUUAAAAAGGCGGGUGACUUGAUACAGAAGACUUAACUGUUGCUCUGAGCUGAUAUUAAAGCAAUAUCUUGUUAAAUCCGAAAUUAGCCAAACUUUCUCAAAGAAGAAACAAGGCUUUACUUUUUAUGAAGAAAGUUGGAUGACUUGAUAUGGAGGACUUAAGUGUUGCUCUGAGCUAGCAAAUUCUAGCAACAGAGUUGAAUAGCAAUGAACCAAGAUUGGUUUGGUCUCAAACUCAAUGUUCAUGUUGACCAAAUACGUAAUUUGGUAUGCAACUUUAGACCUGAAGCUAAUAUCCAUAUGAAACUUAUUGCAUCUGUCAUCAAUUCCAUGGUCUCGUGUUUGUCAUGAGUGGUUACACUAGUAUGACUACGAAGAAAAGGCAAGAAACAUUCUUAGAUGACUUUGAGAAUGGAAGCUCUGUAAACUAUUUAAACAUGUAGGUCAUGUUCAUUUAUUGUCUUUUAUACAUUGUUUAUUUAUAUUUUACAACAUCCAUGUUUUGUUCAUGGUUUGAGAAAAGAACUGAUGCAAUAAAUUCUUAA